AUGGAUGGCUCCGGGGCGUUCGGACGAAGCUUUGACCGCCUGCCCCAGAAGACGAGCGGAAGCACGAUCUCCUUGGACGCUCAUGCUUUCGCGACGGCUGCCACCGUUGCGCUCGUAGCCGUCAGCGUUUGUUAUUUUUGGCACAAGAAGAAGCUGGUCAGCGAUUCAGAGAAGCCUAUGCGUACACGUACAGCGCGAGCCUUCAAAAACUGCCCACCCGUUUUCCCGAAUGGAUGGAUCCCAGUUCUUGAGUCUGCACAACUUCAGGCAGGGGAAGUGAAGGCUCUCAACGUCAUCGGCCUAGAGCUGGUAGCAUUCCGCACCGAAGACGGCGUUGCGCAUGUUCUGGACGCUUACUGCCCCCACCUGGGUGCCCACUUGGGAGUGAUGGGCCGCGUGGUGGGAGACUGCAUAGAGUGCCCGUUCCACGGGUGGAGGUUCCAAGGGGACACCGGUGCUUGCACACACGUCCCAUACGCUGUGAAAGUGCCGGAGUUCGUGAAAGCCACCAGAUGGGAGAUGCGUGAAUCCCUUGGUCUGCUGUUCGUGUGGUACCACGCGGAUGGCGCGGCUCCUUCUUGGGAGCUGCCUGACGUGGCCGAGGUCGAGAAGGGCCUCUGGAGGGAGGAGCACCGCUUCGAGCACAUCGUCGAGGCGCACAUUCAGGACAUCGCUGAGAAUGGCGCCGAUCUGGGACAUUUUAAUCAAAUUCAUCGUGCCUCGUGCUUCCUAACUAGCGAGCAGUUCCAGCGCACACUCGGAAACUCUUGGUGGGGCCGCUUGGUCAACCACUCCUGGCAGGCUACCUGGACUCCGCACGAGCACACGGCUUCCGUGGACGUGGCAGCAUGCGUGUCGGUGUUCGGCACCUGCCCCGACUUCCUCAAGCACCGCGUCCAGGUGCUCCAAGUGGGGCCCGCUCUGGUGCUGGUUCGCAUGCACAGCCGCCACGGCGACUGCCUCAUCAUCCAGUCGCUGACACCAGUGGCGCCUUUCCGAGUGCGCCUCGUCCACCGGUUCUACCCUGAGCCCCAGCUGCCUUGGAUCAUCCGGCGCCUGAACGUCCUCGGCUUCAGGCAUAUGGUGGAGAGGGAUAUAGCCGUUUGGAAUCACAAGACCUACCUCAAGCAGCCUGCCCUGGUCAAGGAAGACCGAAUGAUUGUGUCCUUCCGCAAAUGGUUCUCGCAGUUCUACAGCGAAAGCAGCCCCAAGUGGCGCGAGGUUAUGGAAAUGAGUCUGGACUGGUGAACCCAAUGGAUUCAGUGCCGGGAAGAAAAGAAAAAAAUAACUGUGUCGACGCCACAUUGCACGUGUUUUCACAGCAGCUGUCUUCUUGUAGCUACAAGCCAUGUCACUCGAAGCGCGUAAACGACACU